AUGGCUCCAAAACGCCGCGCUCCCCCCAUACUGCCCCCCGUGGCCAAGCGUCGCGCGACAGACGAGCGCGACGAGGACAAAGACGAGGACUCGCUUGAGUCCAUCCUCGCGCAAAUCAAAGCCCAGGAAGAGAGCGAAGCCCUCGCGCUCCGUCUUCAGAACGAGUGGAACGCGUCGGCAUCGGCAGACGCGUCGCGUCGCGCCUCAAGCUCGCGUACCGUUGUGCGCGGUGGCUCCAGUCGCCACAACAAUCGUGUCGCACCCCCAGACGCCAUCGAGCUGUCCGACGAUGACUUUGAAGAAAUGCAGGAGCCCGAAGACGAUGAGGCCAUGGCUCGUCGCCUCGCGCGCGAGUGGCAGCUGGAAGACGAUGCCCAGGUGCAGUUGCCCGUUACACCCCCUCCGCCCGCUAGCGCUGCCCCAGAAGGCAAAGGCAAGGGCAAAGACGACGCGUCCUGCCCUGACUUGCUACCUCCGAUGGCCAAGUUAGAGGAGCACCGAGACGUAUUUACCGGCGACAAGCUCUGCCCCUGCGGUGCGACGCUCCCGUCUCCCCGUGGCCAGGUCGUGUUCUCCGCCACCACAACGCCGCCACGAUCCUUGAUCCGGCUCCUCCAUGCCUACUGUACGUCAUGCAAAACGAACCACUGCCGGGGCUGUAUGGCCCCCGUCCCCUGCUCGAAAACAUGUAAGGGCACCGAGGAGAACAAUGGAAAUCGCAUUUGCCCUGUCCCCACUUGCUGCACCAACGUGCGUGCAGUCGCCUUGUUCGAAGCUCUUGGCGGGUUUGACAAGCAGUACCUUGCGGAACGCGAUAUGUCUGAUCGGCGAGCGCGUGAGGCCGCCGCAAAAGCACAGAAGAACAAAGUCGGCACUGUGGGGCCUGGAGGGACCGGGUACGGGAUGGACAACCGUGGAUGGGGCGUUGAGUAUCCGGCGCGGCGAGGACGCAGCGCUCGAGGACGAGGAGGCGGUCAUACUCAGCCGCAGAUGACCACCAGCGGUUUGGGUCUCAUGUUUGACGAGAUCAUCGUACGUGCGUUGAACACAGUCACUGGCUUUCUGCCCAGCCCCUAUGCCGACGACCCUCAAAUCUACGACAUGUUGCCCCACCCAUCUCUCGACGCACUCAUCCGUUUAUCUCAGCUUCCUGUCCUCUUGGCCGAUCUCCUCCGCAAUGAUUCAAUAACGGAUUGGAUUGCCCGGAUCGACGUCUACCACGCCAUGCUUUCUUUGCUGCGCCGUCUGGCGGACUGCGAACUGACCCUCGAAGUGCUGGUAGGACCUCGCUGGGAGAUCUGCAAACCGACCGACCUCGAAAGCUAUCUUUGGCAAGAGUCCGAUAUCGUCUGCGCUCGCGACCCGUCCGGCGCCCCCGUCCGCGACCCGCCGCUGUACACCCAUUUUGCGAAGCUGACGCGCCAAUGCACGGCCUUCCUCGCUGGAGCGACAAGCAUGCUCGCGGGAGACGAGGGGGACGAGGAUGGAGAGACCGCGGUCAUAGCGACGUCUCUCUGCGGAGACAUCGUCGCCGCCCGAGACGACAUCGAGCGAGCGAUGAGAAUCGUGGGUAAGGAUCCCGCGAAAGUGCUCGCCCAACUCGACGAGCCGUCCCAGGACUCGGAGCCCUCGUCACCUGGCGGCCACGACAGAGGCAAAGGCGGGCGCGAAGCCACCACACCCGCAAACAACGGCAAAGGCAAAGGCCGCGACCCCGCGAUCGACCUCACGCGCGCGUACGCACGCGAGUGCGAACGGCUCGCCUUCCGGCACUGCGCGCUGUCCGAGCCCGCGCCGUCCGGGUCCGGGCUCGCCUUCCCGAACUACAAGUACGCCGCGGAGCUCGCGGCGACCGCGAACGGGACCCGCGCCCCGCGCGACCGGCUCCACCUCGCGAAGGAGCUCGCGGUGAUGGCGACGAGCCUCCCGCCCGGGGUGUGGGUCCGGGUGGACGAGGUGCGGAACGACAUGAUCAAGGUCCUCAUCGCAGGCCCCGACGGCACCCCGUACGCGGGCGGGCUCUUCGAGUUCGACGCGCACAUCCCGCUGCAGUACCCGCACAAGCCGCCGCUGCUCCACCUGCGCACGACCGGGCGCGGCGCGGUGCGCUUCAACCCGAACCUGUACGACAACGGCAAGGUGUGCCUCUCGCUGCUCGGCACGUGGGCGGGGCGCCCCGAGGAGAUACCGGGGUACGGGAAGGCGGUCGAGAGCAGCCCGGCGAGCAUCACGUACAACAAGAACAUCCGCCUCCAGACGACGCGCUGGGCCAUCGUCGACUGGCUCCAAGACGAGCAUAAGAACGGGGUCUGGGGCGAGGUCAUCGCGUCCCACUUCCUCACCCGCCACGAUGCAAUCCGACAAUGCAUCCGCGGCUGGGCCAAGAGCCAGCCCGCCUUCCGUAACUACAACGCAACCAGCGGCCGAGCGCUCCACGCCAGUCCCUUCAUGAUCUCCCAUAUUUACAAUGGACCGGGCAGCGCGUGGACCGCGCUCCCCAUGUCCUCGUCAUCCGCCGUGCCAAUGUCGCCAUGGGCCACGGGCAUGCCCCACGUCCUUCCAUCACAUCCACGUCACGCAAGGGCUCAGGACGGGUCGACGCCCCAAGCGAAGGGAAUGGAUCUCCUCGAGGAGUUCGACAAGGGCAUAGCGAGGGUGCGUGUAUGGACAUUCGAGGGAACAGAGACCGAUUCGUAG